AUGGGAUCGAAAGCCAAUAGCGCUUUUCAACUGAUUACAUGGGCAAGAUCACAAGGAGCAAUUAUUCAUGGAGUUGGAUUGCAAUGGCAUGUAGGGCUUUGGGCAAUGCUUCGAUCCGGAGAUCAAUACUAUCAAAAUGUCCAACGAUUGAUUGAUAAUGGAUUCGAAUUCAUAGUAACAGAACUCGAUGUGGCUCUCCCAAUGAACGAUAGCAAACCUCAAAAUGCCAAUGAUCUCGAGAAACAACGACUUGUUUACCAUUCUUUCGUCAAAUAUGUUCUUCACUUUUCUUCAAACUGUCGUGCAUUCAUCACAGGGGGUUUCACUGAUCGCUAUAGUUGGAUACCUUCCUUCUCUAACUAUCGUAAUGGAGCUCCUCUACCUAGUGAUGAGAGCUAUCUGCCAAAACCAGCUUACUGGCAAAUGCAAGAAGAAUUAGCUCGUGUCCUUUCUGAUGAUACCUAUCGUCUGACACCACAAUCUAAACCAAAUAAAUGCCUUGACACCUACGAUAGAGAUUAUAUUAGAGGAAUUCAAAUAUACAAUACAGGACGUAAUCAAUCGAAUCAGAUGUAG